AUGUUUUACAACAGGUUGUUCUUUUCACAAAUAAACGAGGAAGAUAUGCUUAGGGAAAGCUGGCUGGGUGCUGUGGUGCUUCUUGUGAUAUUUUGUGGUGAGUAAUGUAACUGCAGUGAAAAGAAGUAAUACAUUUAAAAGCCAACCUACGUAUAGUAGAUCAUGAUUGCUCUUAGCAUCAUGUCCAUCCUACAAGAUAAGAUCAGUUCGGUCUUUUUUCGUUCCUUGUUAUCAGCGUCCCGUAUGCCAUGAAAAAGUUUAAUCGAAAUGACCAGUGAAACUGAUGCGAUAUUCAAUUUUUUUCUUUUCUUAGUUGUUGGAUUCGGCAACAAAGCACAAGGUACGUUUCCAAGUUUAAUUAAUUUGAAUUUUAAGUGAUGAAGAGGUUUGAAGCGGGAAGCUGUGCGUAUCUCAGCUGAAAUGUUUCUUAGAAAAACCACACAACCAGUAAAGAUUUGUGCAUGAUAUACGCUGUCGAUUAUUUAAAUUCUCGACUUAUUACUUUACUUCCUGUUCAGAAACUACAAUAAAUGUAUUACCGCACCGAGCAUUGCUGGCUCACAACAAAUACCGUGCAGUGCACCAUUCUCCUGCUCUGAACUGGUCAGAAGGCCUAGCUGCAGAGGCACGAGCUCUUGCACAAAACUUAGCGACACAGAGCUCGCUCUCUGCAAGAAAAGAUUCAGCUAUGGACUUAGGUCAAAACUUGGCAAAACUGGCAGGUAUAUGACAAAAAUUCAUACGAUGCUCCAAGGAAUGACAUGAUAAUCUUUGAUAGGCAUGCUGCUGCGGCUGCAUGCCAUGCAUGCACUCUCCGAUUUAAUAUCUCAGAGGCGUUUCUCAUUCAAGUGACAUCUUGGAUUUUAAACUCUUUUAUAUGCAAAUUUAUCUAACGUUCCUUUGUUAAUAAAACACACCGAUAUUCAGGGUGGCCUAUGUUUGUAAGAACAGGAAAACGUAACAUUGCACGUGGUAAGGUAGUUUUCAAAAAUAUUACUAAGAAUUAGGCCCCUGAAGCGUAAAGAAAAUCAUAACCAAUCAUUGAAAUGUUGUUUACCAUCUAUAUCAUGCUGCUGCAAAAAUAGUUCCUUCAAAAUCGUGUUAUGAAUGGCUGAGAAAAAUUGUGCUUUAUGUGAUUCAUUUAACUUCCCUCUCCCAUCAUAAAGGUUCCAUGGCAUGUGAGGAUGCCGGAGAAAUCGCAACAAACUUGUGGUACAGCCAGGCUAACAAUUACAGCUACUCUGAUCCAAGACUCAACGCAGACACUGACACUUUCACACAGGUUAAACAAUCAGCAUAUUUACAACGUUCUUUGAAUAAUUUUUGGUAGCAUGAUAAUUUGAAGAAGACUGUAUUUCGAAACAAAAGGAAACUUAAUCGCGAGGGUUUAUAAGAGAAAGUUAAAUUUUACGAGGAGCCAGAGUGAUCGCGUGAAAAACAAGCAAACUGCCAGAAGGGAGAGAAAACGCGAGUGACCAAGUCACCAUUGAUUUUAGUUUUUGAUGGAAUUGGUUGAAAAGAGUGAAAAUUCCGGAUCAAUCAAAGAGCGAAGUUGAGCAAAAGCAUUGCGGCUCGGGAUGAAGCAUGACACUCAGCUGAAAAUAGCUUUAAUAUUCAUUAAUCGUUGAUUGUGACAGUAGGGAAAUUUAAUACUUUUUAGCUUUCACGUUGUAAAGACUAUGUUUUGUGUAAUCUUGUUCAAGGAUGUUGUUAAUUUUGACUCACAGGUUGUGUGGAAAGGCACACAAGAACUUGGAAUUGGUUGCGCUAGAAGUUCCGCUGCACCUUCGGGACCUUUGUACGUAGUGGCUUUAUAUAAGCCAGCGGGAAAUAUCCCAAAGCUAUUACGCAAGAAUGUCUUUGAGCCGGGUCCUCGCGGAGAUGAUCCAGAUGUGUACUCAACAUUAUUUAGACGUCAAUUCGAAGGAAGUAAAAGCCUCAGAAAAGUCAAAAGCGUGGGGCGAAUUCAACGGAAAAGCCGUCAACUUCGAUUAAUAACUUGACAGGAAUAACCGAACGAGCUGCAAUGAAUGCAAUGCCACGGAGGACAUUAUCUAAAAUUUCUGAAUUUAGAAUAAGCCGGGAGCUAACCUCGGUUUUAUGACAGGAUCCUGUAGUUAUUCGAACUCUUUUCACAUAGUUGACGUGAGAGUUUUUAUCCCUCGAUACUUUAACUCCAAAUAAAUAAUGGACACGAAUAUAUUUUUCUCUCUUAAAGAUAAAAAAGUUAGCCUUCUUUUAAAUUGCUGUAUUACAACUCUAUUACUACAGCUUGCCUUUAUUUCUAUAACCAGAGGCAGUCGGUAAACUACAUUUUCUAUAUUUCCACUAAUUUUACGCUUCAAUCAAAAGAAGUAAACGUUUCUCAAAUAUCAUUAACUCUAAAAGUUAUGAAAAUAUCUACUAGAAGGUUAUUUGUUUUGACUAAGUGAAUAGACAGCAUCAAACAUUUCAGUGCCUUUGUUGCGGAUAUGCUGAAGAAACACCCUGAUAUAAGCAGUCAUUUAAACUUGUACCAUAUUUUUUAAAUCGUCUUUGGGACUGGUUUAAUCUAAGAACACAAGAGUGUUCCUAUAGCUUCACUUAACGUUGAAAACAAUGCACAGCAACCUCAGGCCGAACAUUAUUCAGGGGUUAUCAGACCUUAGAGAUCUAAAGUUAACUUAAACUGGCAAAUGUUCCCUUGACGUUAACAGGCGUGUCAAUAUUGAUAUUUACCAAUGGAUGAUUCAAUACGACACAUUUUGAUUAGUUGCCGUAAUACACAAAAGUAUUCACCAAAGUCAAUCAGAACAAAGGUAAAUAGCAGAAGGGACCAAUAAACUCAACAGGAAAUUGGCGCCUACAACGCGUGCGUCGGACUG